UAUGACAUUUGUUUCUAAAGGCUUAUGACGAAAAACCUUGCAGUUGCGAUAAGAGGCGAAAGGAAACGUCGCGUUUUGACGACAUGAUAGAAUAAUAUUAAAGUUAUGACACUGGCUUUAGUGAUGUCCCAGUUACAGAUUUUUCAACAUUCUUGUGAACAGAUGGAGCACCACAGAAUACUAAGGAGAAUUGUUUUCUCUACAUUCUGCCUUACCAACGUUCUAUGCAGUCCCUUGGCACCUGCACAACAGGAACCUGAACCUCCAUUACGAACCAGGAGUAGCUGCGGAUAUCCGGAACAGUGUUAUGAAUGGACUUUACUGCCUACCGGCAGCGAUACAUUGAGCUGUGAUUUUGACAGCGUCCAACAGACCAGUCCCAACGCACUGCUGGAUCCUUGUCCCGGCUGGCUCCGGGCAUUUUCACUCUAUCCGUACCGGUCCGAGAUCCUUCCAAACACGAUAGGGAUACCUUAUUCUCAGUUCGCGCAGUCCAAAUGCUACGUCAAAGCCGCCCUCAAUUCCGUAUACCCAGACAGAAAGUCGGCUACCAUGAGAUCGGCUGUAUUCCGACCGAAUGGAUGCGUUAAACUGCGAACUUCUUUCUGGUACCGGAUGUCUGCAGCGCCGAUUCUUACGGGUGACCAUGAUAAAGAUUACUUUCUGGAGUUGGUUGUGCAUCAUUCGGCAGAUAAUGCACCGGGCUUCAUCCCGACCUGGCAGAUUUGGGGCAGCACCAGCGAUUACGCCACCUUUCCCGGGCCCAAUGUGUGGGCAAGGGUCCUAGCGGAAUACGAUGCGGACGACCAGUUCACUUUGAACUUUUAUGCGCAUCACGGUGACACCUGCAAUACGACAUGGAUCGAUUUGGACGGCAUAGACACGAGAAUAGCGAUGCCGACCGAGUGCGCCACUACAACGGUUUUCCCAACCACUGAAACCACCGAGACUUCCGUUUUCUUACCAGAUACUACUCCGAGUACCGAAACAACGAUUACUUUUGACAACAGCACGAGCAACCUGAUACCCAUCAGCAAUUGUCCACUUCCGUGGCCGUGCUAUGGAUGGAUAACCAUAAGGUCAUGCGACAUGGGGACGGUAGCUCAAGCAGAUAACUCUGUCACCGGUAUUAUGGGGUGCUCUACUCCUCCAACUGUUACUUGGUACCGCGGCUAUAGAUACUACCCAUAUCAGUUUGAUUUGCUCAAAAACAACACCGGUGCUGGGGACAUAUUUGCCGUGUCACGUUGCACCAGGAGGUCGACCGGGUUAACACCCGGCCGAGAGGAAGCCGUGGCUGUCCUGCGUGGACCAAUCAUCGUCUCCACCGCCUGUAUCGUUUACCGUGUCAAGUUUUGGUAUCGACUUUCCGAUUACCCCGUAAUUAAUCCAGCUAAUCCACGGGACGAAUUCGUCCUGAAGGUUUUCGUGGAAGACAAUGGACAAGCCUUUCCUAAUGAUCACAUAUGGGGCACAGCGGACGACUAUACCGGCGUGAAUCCUAAUCAGUGGCACUUUGGCCAAGCGAUUUUCGGCCGCGACAGAGGCGAACAGUUCACCGUCAACUUCCUAGCAUACCACAAUGACGGCUGUGAGCUGAGCCUAAAAACCAUUGCUCUGGAUACCAUUCAAAUUGAGAACGCGGUGAGCGUUCCUUAUGGCUCGGGUUUCUGCACGACGACCACUCCGACUUCAGUAACCACUUCCCAAUCUAAAGAAACCACAGCACCGCCCACUCAACUGUUCACAACGCCAAUGUCACCGCAGUCCAGCAGCGUCACUCCCGUAUCACAGUAUUGUGAAUUCGGUCCCGCCAUUAUCACUCGCUGCUCCAACGGCACAGUUACAAUGCCCGCAGUGCACCCUGAUUUGAGUGAGGCCAGCGACGCCGUGUUUGAUGGUGACAACACGUACCUGUGUCGAACACAUUUGCGCAACUUGCAUGCAUGGCUACUGGAACAGGCUGCGAGGACGGUUCCUCACCAACCACCGCACUCGUUCACCACCGUCAGCUGUCAACGAGGAGCGCUGCAGUUUUCCGCGUCCGACCCGGAUACUGCACAAUCCACCGGUUUACAAUUCCGGGCGGCUACGGUGGAUUUAAAAUGUCGAAUUAUUUUUGCUGGGUUCUUAACGCAGUUGUCAUCGUUUAGCAAUAACUUGUAAUUCGACGCAGGCUUGCGGCGUGCGCCCGGCUAUUCCGAGUGUUGUUGUGUAUUGGAAACUAGUUUGAUUGUUUCACGGAAAACAGGUUUUCUCGUAUGCCACCGGUUUUUGAAAAGCUUUUCGCUUUUUAAUUCGAUUCCUGUGAAAUCUUGAAUUCUAAGGUGGUGAAACAAACGAAUAUUAAUUAAUAGUAAUU